AUGAAGAAGAAGACUUCGAUGACGAAGACUAUGGAGACAAAGACUACGAAGAGGAAGACUGUGAAGAAGAAAGAGAACAAGAAGACGACUAUGAAAAAGAAGAAUAAUACCAUGAAGAAGGAAGAAUACUACUACUAUGAAGAAGAAAAUUACAAAGAAGAAUAUGAAGACUACAAAUAAGGACAUGAAGACUACUAAUAAGAAGAACACUGCUAAACAACCACACUACGAAGAAGAAGAGAAGAUGACCGCGAAGAAGACUAUGAAGAUGAAGAUGACUACAAAAAAAAUACUACGAAGAAGAAAAUAAGAAGACAACGAGUACGAAGAAGACGAUUAUGAUAACAAAUGAUAGAGAAGAAGACUUCGAUGACGAAGACUAUG